AGUACACCCAACCAAACACUCUCCCCGCCUUUCGCGACACCCCAAUCCCACCUCGCCCAACCAUGCACCCCCACCUCCACACCGAAGAAGUCCAAAAAAACUGCGCCGACGUCGUCGCCGCCCUCGAAGAAUGCCACGCCCACGGCUUCCUCUGGAAAGUAACGGGCAAUUGCACCGACGCCAAGCACAAAGUCAACAUGUGUCUGCGCGGCAUCCGGCUUGAGCGCACGCGCCAGAAUCGCGAGGCGGCCAAGGAAAAGAGGGAGAGGAUCCAGAAGGUGUGGAGGGAGUUGGACGAGAAUAAAUAA